CGUGACCCUGCGCGGGCCUUCGCCCUGGGGCUUCCGCCUGGUGGGCGGCCGGGACUUCAGCGCACCCCUCACCAUCUCGCGGGUCCAUGCUGGCAGCAAGGCUGCGCUGGCUGCCCUGUGCCCAGGAGACCUGAUCCAGGCCAUCAAUGGUGAAAGCACAGAGCUCAUGACACACCUGGAGGCACAGAACCGAAUCAAGGGCUGCCAUGAUCACCUCACACUCUCCGUGAGCAGGCCUGAGGGCAGGAGCUGGCCCAGUACCCCUGAAGACAGCAAGGCUCAGGCACACAGGAUUCACAUCGACCCUGAGGCCCAGGAUGGCAGUCCAAUCAACAGCAGGCGGCCCUCAAGCACCGGGAUCGGGCCAGAAGAUGGCAGACCAAGCCUGGGAUCUCCGUCUGGGCAGCCCCCUCGCUUUCCUGUCCCUUAUAACGGCAACAACAGUGAGGCCACCCUGCCAGCCCAGAUGAGCGCGCUACACGUGUCUCCACCCCCCAGCGCCGACCCAGCCAGAGGCCUCCCGUGGACCCGGGACUGCAGAGUGGACCUGGGCUCGGAGGUGUACAGGAUGCUGCGGGAGCCCGCCGAGCCCGCAGCCGCCGAGCCCAAGCAGUCAGGCUCCUUCCGCUACUUGCAGGGCAUGCUAGAGGCCGGUGAGGGCGGGGAACGGCCCGGGCCUGGCGGGCCCCGGAACCUCAAGCCCGCGGCUGGCAAGCUGGGUGCUCCGCUGAGUGGCCUGCAGGGGCUGCCCGAGUGCACGCGCUGCGGCCACGGCAUCGUGGGCACCAUCGUCAAGGCGCGGGACAAGCUCUACCACCCCGAAUGCUUCAUGUGCAGCGACUGCGGCCUGAACCUCAAGCAGCGCGGUUACUUCUUCCUGGAUGAGCGGCUCUACUGUGAGAGCCACGCCAAGGCGCGGGUCAAGCCGCCCGAAGGCUACGACGUGGUAGCGGUGUAUCCCAACGCCAAGGUGGAAAUCGUCUAAGCCGGGAUACCAGACCCGCCCCUCGCGGCUCAUGUAAAUAUGUGUCUCUCCCUGCCUUUCUAAUAAAAUCCCUCUGCUGUGCCUUGAA